GCUGGUCAACAGCAUGGCAGAGGCCAAAGCCCGCCAUCCAAGCUGCCCCGGCUGGAGCAGAACGGCCCCAUCGGCCAAGCCGCCCUGCCGGCCAAGCUGCCCCGGCUGGAGCAAAACGGCCCUGUUGGUCAGGCAGCCCCCCCAGCCAAGCUGCCCCGGCUGGAGCAGAACGGCAGCCCCCUGGGACGGGCCCGGCUGGGCAGCACCGGGGCCAAACUAUCUGGGGUCCCGUACAAACCCACCAGCCACCUGCUGAAGUCCUGCCACAAGAGAGGCAACAUGCUGCCCGUGUUCUGUGUGGUCGAGCACUACGAGAACCCCAUGGAUUUUGACAGCAAGGAGGAGCAUGCCGAGUUCGUCCUGGUGCGUAAGGACAUGCUCUUCAACCAGCUCAUCGAGAUGGCCCUGCUCUCACUGGGCUACUCACACAGCUCAGCGGCCCAGGCCAAAGGCAUGAUUCAGGUGGGGAAGUGGAACCCUGUCCCCCUGUCAUACGUGACAGAUGCACCGGACGCCACAGUGGCUGACAUGCUGCAAGACGUCUACCACGUGGUCACACUUAAGAUCCAGCUGCACAGUUGUCCUAAGCUGGAGGACCUGCCGCCCGAGCAAUGGAGCCACUCUACAGUAAGAAACGCCCUCAAGGAGUUACUCAAAGACAUGAAUCAAAGCUCUCUGGCUAAAGAAUGUCCCUUAUCACAGAGUAUGAUUUCCUCCAUUGUGAACAGCACUUACUAUGCAAAUGUGUCGGCGGCAAAGUGUCAGGAAUUUGGGCGCUGGUAUAAACAUUUCAAGAAGACAAAAGAUAUGAUGGCGGAGAUGGACGGCUUGUCGGACCUCUCCCCUCCCGGCUCCAACCACAACCACCUGGGAUUCUCCCAGCAGCAGCAGCCCAUCCCUGGCAGCACAGCAGAGCAGACUCCUUCCUCACCGGUUCCUCCACUGCCUCAUGCUCCGCCUCCUCAUGGCGGCCAGACAGGCGGCCGGCAGCCUCAGCUUCCCGGUCUGCACCACCCGGGCUUGGUGUCCACGCCCAUCAGCCCCCAGCUGGUCAACCAGCAGCUUGUGAUGGCCCAAAUCCUCAACCAGCAGUACGCAGUGAACCGGCUGCUGGCACAGCAGUCCCUGUCGCAGCAGUACCUCAACCACCCUCCUGUCAACCGCAGCUCCCACACCAAGCCCCUGGAGCCACAGGUGGCAUCCAACACUGACGUGUCCUCCGAGAUUUACCAGUGGGUUAGAGAUGAGCUGAAGAGGGCAGGCAUCUCACAGGCCGUCUUCGCCCGUGUGGCCUUCAACAGGACACAGGGGUUGCUCUCUGAGAUCCUACGUAAGGAGGAGGACCCCAAGACUGCAUCCCAGUCUCUGCUGGUCAACCUGCGUGCCAUGCAGAACUUCCUGCAGCUGCCAGAAGCAGAACGUGAUCGCAUCUACCAAGAGGAGAGGGAGCGCAGCCUGACGGCCGCGUCGGCCAUGGCCUCCGCCCCCCUCAUCAGUACCCCCCCCAGCAGGCCUGUACAGCCCUGGAGGGAAGACGGUAACAGCGUAAGGCCUGAGGACUGGAAUCCCAGAAUCCCCGUGGGCAUUUCCCCUGUGAAGCCAUCCCCUCUGCCCAGCGAGUGGAACGGCAAGACAGAGAGCUGUGUCAUUAACAUCAACUCCACCAUCUACGACGAGAUCCAGCAAGAGAUGAAAAGGGCCAAGGUUUCCCAGGCCCUCUUUGCCAAGGUGGCUGCCUCCAAGAGUCAGGGUUGGCUUUGUGAGCUCCUUCGCUGGAAGGAGGAUCCCACCCCAGAGAACCGGACGCUGUGGGAGAACAUCUCCACCAUCAGGCGCUUCCUGAGCCUGUCCCAGGCCGAACGGGACGCCAUCUACGAGCAGGAGAGCAGCGCGAUGCAGCAGCACCACAACGAGAGGCCGUCGCACCUGAUGCACAUCUCCACCGAGCAGCUACAGGCCCAGCCACUCCAGUCGCAGCAGCAGCACCAGCCCUCCCUGUCCCUCCAACACCCCUCUCAGCCCCUACUGUCCCAGCAGCCCUUGCAGCAGCAGCAGCCGUUGGCCGUCCCCCGUCUACCCCCUCGCCAGCCGUCCACCGCAUCUCCGGCCGAGACGGAGGACGAGAGCAGUCGCGUGGCGAGCGGCGGCAGCAUCGGUGGCGUCAAGUCCCGCGGCUCCGGCGGAGGCAAGAUCUCCCUGGAGGCCCUGGGGAUCCUGCAGAGCUUCAUCCAGGACGUGGGCCUGUACCCAGACGAGGAGGCCAUCCACACGCUGUCGGCCCAGCUUGACCUGCCCAAGCUCACCAUCAUCAACUUCUUCCAGAACCAGCGCUUCUAUGUGAGCCACCCGGCCAGGGCGGGGCCCAAAGAGCCCAGCAGCAACAACAACAACAGCGGCGGCGCCAUCAACGCAAACAACAACACCAGCAGCAGCAGCAGCGGCAGCAGCCCGGCCUUCGACGAGGAGAUGACGGACUUCAGAGAGAGCGGCGAGCUGCUGAAGGAUCUGGACGAGAGCACGCAGACCGACAAUAAUAACACCAUCUUCUCCAUCAAGAUGGAGGAGCAGCUGGGCCGAGGAGGAGGGGGGGUGGAGGCCCAGGACGGUGAGCAGGCCAAGGAGUAACGGAGCGCACACAGACUCAGGACUGUGCUGAAGGUAACGGAGCUGAACCACCGCACUGCGAACAGAAACAGUAGUGUUUUUACUGAGCACCGGAGGAGGGUUUAUGUAUCAGCCACAGACUGACACGAGGCCGACGCGAAGGCUCACACUGGAAAGGAACCCCCCCAUUUCAGACUUUUUGGAUUUUGUAAAACUUGUAUUAUUCACUGUAAAAGACUGAUGCAUCAUUUAAAUAACCUGCACAAAAAUAAUUCUAAGUAUGUUGCCGUGGAUAUUUGCUGACUGCACUCUCUAUGUCUGUCGUUUUACACUGAUUAACUUUUUGAGCUACUGAUUCUAUUUAAAAAGAGAAAAAAAAAAGUCGACGAAGUCCCCCCUGGAGUUUGCUAGGACUUUGAUAGGUGUUUACGUACGUGAUGUUUAACUGGAUUUUUUAAGAAAAAAUAGCAAAUCAAGGACCAAGUGGUUUGACAAGGCCUUAAUGAUGAGGUAUUAAGUCUGGAGCCUGCUGGCAAGAUUAGUUAUUCUUUUAAAAAGUGCAUAAUGUGAUUUACUCCAAACUCUGGAAUCACCCAGCCCAGGUGCAUCUUCAAGAAUAGCUCAGUCUUUACAUAUUAUUUGUUAGGGAAGAAAUAUAAAUAUAUAUAUAUAUAGACAUAUAUUGUAACUGUAAAAAAUACAGUCUUAAAGAAACUAUGCCAACAAAUGCCUUGUACUAUACGGCACUGCCGAUGUUAGAUUAUUUUGCAAAACCUUUGUCACUGUAACUUUCUGAAUCGCCACAGUUUGAAAUGUGAAUUGCACCAUGUUUAUGUUGUCCUCCAUUCUUAUUUAUUUGCAGUUCAUGCAGUGUUUUUCUGAUGUAAUUACUUUUUUAAAGAGUUUGUGUUACAUGGAGCUUUUUUCUCUUUUGUUUUAUUUUUAAUUCCACCGAUGUUUUUUCUAUUUAUAAAUGUAAUUUUCGAUGGGCAGUAAAAACAAAAAGUGUCUUAAACGUUUUAAAUGGAGAAAUGUGCUUUAAAGGUUGCCUAUAAAAAGUGCUGUAUGUCGAGCAACUCAUGCUACAAGCUUCACAAUUUAAUGUUGUAUGCAAUUUUUACUAUCAUGCAAAUAAGCUUAGGUAAAAUGACUAACCUAUAGAAACACCUUAGAAAGAAAAACAUAUGCAAUCUGUGUGAAAAUCGAUGUCUGCGAUGUGUCUUCCUUUUGGUUAACAAUCCAAUUCAAGAAGCUAUUCCUGUAUAAAUAUUCUGUAUAAAAGUGUUUCUUUUUUAUGAGUUUAUUUCAAUGAGAACACCAGUUAUUUUGUUACGACUGACUGUUUUAUAAGUGUUUCUUCGGUUCCUUUCUGCAGAAAUGUUCUAACUAGAAGUGGUUAUUGAUUGUUAAUGACACGAUUAAACUGUUUGUAUUGUACCACAGAUUUUCUUGGCAUUAACUCAACCAGACUCCAGAGGAAGAGGAGGAGGGUUGGGUGUUUUUUUUUUGUUUUUUUUGGUUUGUUUUUUCCCUUCUUCCUCCUCUGCAAAACCGAAAGAAGCAACAAUGUGAAAUGUUUUUCCUGCUAAGAUCAUUAUCAUUUCAGCUGCAGUCACUCAACACAUGUAUUUGUAAUAACUGUAAAUAUCACAUCUUAUGAAUCAUUGAUUGUUUAUUGUAAAUAUAUUUGAAGUUUGUGCAAGAGCUCACCGUACCAGAUUGAAAUUCUGUUGUGCCUCUUCUCUCUUGGAGCAACUGUACCCUGGGCUCUUCCUCUUCUCCUCUUCCUCCUUCUUCUUCUUCUGCAUCUUCACUUCUUCUUCUUUUCUUCUACUGCUGUAAUAAGCACCUGUGAAAUCUGAAAUAAAUAAAUGUUAGGUGUGAACACCUGGAAUAGCAAAAAAAAGAGGAAGAGAGAGUGCUCUCUACAGGGAGCGAAGGUAGAACAUAACGGAGGUGCACAGGUGUGGUGACCAGGUGUUCAACCCUCACCUGUUCCACACCAGGCCAUGUGUGGCAGCCACGUCUGCACUGCUCACUGAUGUUUUUAAUAACGAGAAAAAGAAAUCUGAAUAAAAAGCCACAGUGUA